AUGGCACGUUUCAAACGGAGUCCGAGGAAGAUAGAAAGCAAUCAAGGUAUCACCAACACAAAUUCAACUCGACAAGUACGAAUAAACCCGAAGAGUAAAAUCAAGCCAAAGAGUCUUGUCCAAUUUUUGACCGGCUUUUACAAGUCACACCCAAUACAAUCAACUGGGGAGAGCGGUAAUAUAAGUAGCCCCACUGAAUAUUCAAGCAAAUCGCUUAAAUACAAAGACAAAGUCGAAUGUACCCAAAUCACUCAAAAGUAUAGUUCUCCCAAAUCGAUUCACAGAUCUCCCAAUAGUAAGCAUAAUGAAAUAGGCACUAGGUAUGAGGUGCUGCUCAAAGAUUCAAAAGAUAUGAACGGUCAGAAUAUAACAAAAGGUGUUACAGAAGAUAUAAAAAAGGUUGGCAGUUCUGUCACAAAUAAGCAGCUGCCCAAAUCGAGUCCAUCGAAGCCAAAAAUUGCUAGUAAAAUAAUAGACCUUCUGAACCCUAUAUCUAACGACCCCGAAGAAAUUCAAAAGGGAUUAAAACACGAUGACAAGGAAAUUUCUAAGAAAAUAGCAGACCAUGCUUUAGUGGAUGUGACCCAUCCUUUAGAUACAGAAAACUCUCAGGUACCACAUGAAAGUAACCGAAGCCCAAUUACGAGAUACGGUGGCCAUGAAGAAUUGCUUCCACUGUCGAAUCACAAAGAAACAACCCUCGCAAGUGUAAGAACUAUCUUACUUUUACCCAAUACUAGUUUGGGUGUUCCAGUAGAAAGAAAUUUGACAUUCCAUGAAGGAGUUUCAAGUUGGGUACCCACUCCACAUCAGAGAUCUAUAAACUUAUCACCCUGUCUGAAUACGAAACUACGUUCAAAAUCUUCACGUAAUCAAGCAAAUCUGCAAACUCAAGCUGCUGCAUGUUUGACUUGCCUGAGAAGAUCAAAAGAUUGUGAUGAAUCGAUACCCACUUGUGAGAACUGUUUGACUUCGAAUUUGUUCUGUCUCUGGCCAUCGCAGGUCCCUGACAUCGUGAGGAAAACGAAAUCCAAUCCAAAAUCCAUGGAGGAGGAAAAACAGGAAGUGAUGUACGAUGAAUCUUUGUCCGUAUCUGCUUAG